GCUUUCACUGGUUGUGACCAGACGUUCCGCAAGUCACAGCUGUUGGUUGUUUCUGAUGUGCAGAAGUGUUGCAGCCUUACAGAGAACAUUUUGUCUGCUCAAACCAGGGACAAAGCACUUGAGAUUCAACUGCUUCCUUUAGCAUGGAAACCCUGAGAAUUUAUUUCCAUCUCCAGUUUGUGCUUUAACAAAUGAAAACUUUUAAUAAAAGUUAAAUUGAAAGCCUGUAAUUGCUGGAAGACUGUCACACUACGUCAGGUCUGUGGUUUUCUUAGCUCUGGAAGUGGGUAACUCCAAGCUUCAAAAGACAGAAUAAGAAAGUGUAGAGAAGGUGGAGGUGAGGCACCCUGCCCCGUCUCAGUGCAUGUCAGUGGGAGCCUGGGUAAGGGAAUCCUCUGAUCAACGGGUGUUGUAGCAGACCCUGCUGCAACCCGAGCGAUGCUGGACCUGAAAACCUCUGUGACUUUGUCAUCCUCCCACAGCACGUCACUAAAUCCUCCAGGGGAGAGCUGCAGCAUGUCGCUGUGUCACAUUGCUGUUUUCCUUUGUCACCCCCCAAAGCUCGUUGUCUCACCUCCCACUUGGAACUACACCUCCCUUAGCGUCUGCCAGAAUACAGAGGUGCCAAUGGACGAGUACAGAAGUAGCUGUAUGCUUCUUAAUUACAGACAAUUAAUUUUUUUGUGUGUGUAUUAGCAUAUGUAAGUGCUUCUCAUUGCAAAGCCAAGUUUAUAAAUCGUAUUCAAACUGUGCUGGAGCAUGGACCUGGGCACGCAGCUGCCCCAGAGGACUCCACCAAGCAGGGGCCAUACCUCCUCUCUGCUGCAUCCCAGGCAAGUGGGGCAGAACUGCUGCCUGUCUGUGGGGGAUGUAGGGACACAUCCUGCAAGCCUCAGAAAUACUAAACAGGAGGAUUAAAGCUUUUUAAGGAUGGAAUAGGUUCUGCUUUCAUAAUAUUUUUCUUCUCAGCCUCCGCAUGAGUUGGCACAGCUUGGUGUGCUACAAAGCACUCUUUUUUUCCCUUGCUCAGAACAUCCUUAAUUAAUUCUUGGCAGGUCUGUCUAGCUCUGUGCGUAGAUAGGAAGAAACUCCAGCAAAGCUGGGGCCUCCUGCAAGGCCACUCGCCUGGGCUGCCCCACUCCAGGCCUCUGCUUGAGUAGGGAGGCUUCCACUGUGUGAAGUUCGUGUGGCAGACAAGUGGACACGGUAGAGCAAAGGCACCAACGUCAGAUCCCACAGAUGCAGUAGGGGAAUGCAGCGGUAGGAGUUACCUGGAAUUGUGAUGGGUACAUGAUUUUGCAGAUUUAAAGUAAAGGCAACUGAAAGUUUCCAGCUGAACGUAAGCAGUGAGCUCUGCAGUGGCAUUUCAGCAGCUCCUUUCCAUAGUGGAGCGUUCUAGAAACAGCUGCCAGGUUUGACAGCACAACCUUGAGCUGGCCACAUCUUCUAGAAAUGCCGAAAUCUGCACAUGGCCAUGGGAUGACAGAGCUCUUCCUGCUGCGCUGUAGUCUCUGCCUACACCUGCUGGCAUCAGGAGUUCUGUGCUAAAAGAAAACCAAGAUGUGCACAUUGACGGAAUAUUCUCCAAACUGCUUCUCCCUUCCAGACUUUGGAAGUGCUUCGAUCUGUUCAGCAACCUCAGCGUGAUGGAGCCCAAGGCACUUGUUUGGCACCAGGAGAGAAAUCUUUACUGGAAAUCAACAUGAUACGAAAAUGCAUGUCCGUGCGCCUUAUUGACCCUGUUCAAAGGUUGCAGUACUCUCCUCAUCACCAUGGCAGAUGUCAUCAGGGACCUGCUUUUUUGUUUUAUGCAAGCUAAUUGAUUCCAGUUGGCACCCGAUGCACAUCUACAUUUUAAGGAUCCCAAGUAAAAGCACAAAAAGUCAGGCAUUUGAAGUUCUUGCCUCUCAGCUGGAGAGGGAACUCAAUAUCCUCUCAGCAAUUUGCUCAAAGAAUGUUUCUAAAAAUCUACUUUUCUGAAGAGGGGGAAAGAAAGGAAAUAAGGUGGGUAGCAAAAGUAACAGUAAUCUCUGAAUUUGCUUCUGGAUUUUCUUCCUCUGUUAGAAGUGUUAUUGCUGAAGUUGAUUCUGAGGUCUCUUCUGUAGGCAGUGUUGAAAUAUAAUGCAAAUGUGAGCAGUUAAAAUUCCUCUAUGUGAAGAUGACAAAAUCAGAUUGGUGUGCUAACUCAGUGACGUUUCUCUCCUUUGUCCCCCACCCUUCUUUGAACAGUGCUGAUAUUUUAUGGCAAUAGCAAUCCUUUUGGAAUUUUGUGGCUGACUUGGAGCUGCAGACCUUUACUAUUGCAAGUAGGAGAAAAGGGAAGAAGAAGAGAGAUUAAUUUUUCAGAAACAGCAGCUUGCAGGAAAAAUGAAAUUUAUUGGCUUCCUUUUCUUCUGUAUGCUGAUGAACAUGCUAACAGAUGCCCGGUCAAUUCAGGAAGGAGAUGAUCUUUAUCGGGAACCUGUAGCCAUGCCCUACUGGCCCUUCUCCUCCAGCGACUUCUGGUCCUACGUGGAGUAUUUCCGGGCGCUGGGCGCUUAUGACAGGAUCGACGAAAUGGCCAGAGCCUUGUUCGCCCAGCUGCCCAUGGGCAGCCACCUGGGCUACCAGCUGCCUGGCCACGAGCACUGAGGCAGCGCGUCCCUGCGCGUCCCUGCGGUGCCGCGGCCAGAGCCAACGCGUCCUGGCGGGCGGCUGGCGGGAGGCCUGCCCGUUGGGCUCCUUGCAGCAGGUGCGUGCAGUGCUGCCUGCGCUGGGAGGCCAGCGAGGAACAGCAGCCUUUUCUUUCCGCCAUUCUUUACUUCUUUACCAAAAGGGUUGUUAGGCACUGGAACAGGCUGCCCAGGGAGGUGGUGGAGUCACCAUCCCUGGAGGUCUUUAAAAGACGUUUAGAUGUAGAGCUUAGGGAUGUGGUUUAGUGGGGACUGUUAGCGUUAGGUCAGAGGUUGGACUCGAUGAUCUUGAGGUCUCUUCCAACCUAGAAAUUCUGUGAAAUUUCUGCUUUUGUGCUAAGUCAAUAAACUCCUCGCUUGUGUCAGG